CAGAAUGGACGGUGGCGCUAGUGCACCUCUCGCCCCAAUGCCAGAAGAAGAAGUCUUCACGGUAGUGAGGUUUUGGACUUCCGGUUGUGAACGAGGGAAAGUUAAGCAACCGCUUUUUUUUUUUUUGAUUUUUUUUUUACUAUAAACAGUGAUGUAGUUUCUGACAAAAUGAUUCAGUCAACAAGUUUAUUGGAAAGCUGGACUCAGGAAAAUAACCAGCUAGCUUCCAGCUGUAAGCAGCAGGAUGGACAAGAUGCACCGAACAGAGAGCAUAACCUGUUCAGGCAGAGACGAUGGUCUUCUGACUUUCACAAACUUCUCAGAAAAAUACAAGGCAUUCCUCCUCAUUUGGAUUGUGCACAGCUGGAGCUUUCUGUCGCUUAUAACACUUGUGUGUGCUUUACUACUCAGUCUCAGUUUGAUGAGGCUGAGCUGCUCCUCACACAGAGCGCCCAGAGACUGCUUCAGAUAGCAGGAGAUGAUCCUGGUACUUCUGACCCUUCUGUGGUUUGGAGAGCAGCUCUUAAAUCAGUGAUUGGCACAGCUUUGCGUCGUUAUGUCCUGAGCCUCCUCUGUUUGCAGUGGGGAAUAUGGCUGGCCAAGAGCCGCCUGAACGCCGUGCAAGACUUUCAGGAGGAGAUUUCUCUUUUGGAGGCACAAAGUGGAGCAGUUGGGAAUGAUUGUAGGACUGAAACAAAGGAAAAGAUCCCAAAUAUUCCCAUACUUGUUCUGGACCCAAGAAGGCUUGUUGAUCUGUUGAAGAUCUGCACUGCAAUUGUCCAAGGUGCAGAAAAGCUGACUGAGGGUUGGAGUGUGCUUUCUGCUCUGCAGGCUGCUUCUGCCUCGCCUGCUCCCAGAGCUCUCAUCGCUUACACACACCUCCUCUCGGGUUCCUGCCUCGCCCAUAUGAACCGCCCUCAGAUGGCACUGCAGUGUUACCGAAAGGCUCUGGAGACGGACCCCCGCUGUGUUUGUGCUCUCUAUCAGAGCGCACUCAUCUACAGGCGGUUGGAAAACUCGCAGGCCGAGAUGCAGGCUCUUCACAUACUGCACUCGAUUUUGCUAUUACCCUCGAGUACAGAACCUGCCGUGGCUGCAGGCCAUCUCCUCUCACCGUCCUUAUUUCUCUGCAGCCAAUCACUGAGCAGCCUGCUCUCUGUCCCAUCUGCCCUCAGUGUCCUUCACAGUCUGGCUCUCAAAUGCGUGAUCCACAGCAGCGUGUCAGAAGGCGUGGAGUGUUAUCUGGACCUGCUUGCUGCUCUUCAGUCAGAAGAUCAGCAUGGAGUUCAUGCUGCGGUCUCCACCCUCCCCAAGUUACCUAGACUCUACCUCGAGGCUGGAGCUGCCUUACUGAUGGCCCAGCGGCCUGCAGACUGUAUGGCACUUUGUGAUGAGGUCAUCGGGUCGACUCUGGAUCUGCUUCCGGAAAAAGUGUUGUUGGACGAUCCAGGGGAUGGAAGACUGUCCGGGAGCAGGGAGAUGACAGAGGAGGCAGAAAAUGGGUUGGUAAGGCUGCUCUGGACAGCAGCAGCCAACCUCCUUCAGGGUCACUGCUACUCUCAGCUGAAGGACUGGAAGCAAGCAGUAACCCACUACACAAGGUGCAUCAACCUGUUGGUGAAGGUGCACUAUAAAGACACAGGUUUCUCUCUACAAAUGCCCUGCACAGAUAAAUGCCCUGAGCAGGGUGUAGACUUGUGUGUCCUCCAAAGAUUAAAGGGACUUUCAUUAGCUGGUAGGGGAAUCAGCUUUGCCCAGAUAGACCGGCUGAAAGAGUCCCUCAGAGACCUUCACCUCAGCCUGCAGGCCCACCCAGAAGGUGUGAGUGCCAGGCGGUGGUAUGGGGAGGUGCUGUGGAGGCUGGACAGGAAGCAGGAGGCGGCUGCUUGUUGGGAACAGACCUGGAGCGAUCCCAUUCCAUCCUUAACAGAGGCUCUUCCUGUGUAUGCACAAGAACUUCAGUCUGGACCGUCGCUGGAUUCUGCAGUGCUGCAACAAAAACUACAAGAACCUGGUCCUACCUAGUCAGCUUAGAGAAUAAAGAAGUAAGCCUUAUCACUUAAUGAAUGUUUGGGAUGGCCUGUGCAAUAAAACUCAAAAUACUAGCAAAAAAAAUAAAUAAAUAUCUGGAGAGACUGAAAUAAAGAAACUAUAUUUAUGAAAACCCAUCAUGUGAUCUGUGUGUGCACAUUUCCCUGUAGGUAUGUUACUAUCAGUUAGUCAGCACCUGCAGAAUUUGCUUUUCGUAGCAACCGCCCUACAACUUUUAGAUGCUUUCCUGCCCUGGCACACCUGAACCAAAUUAAUCACUUAUUACCAGGCCUCUGCAGGUUAGAACGCCCUUUGAUUCAGAUAUGUUGUGGAAGAGAUGCAUCCAAGAGUUACAAAAUAGCAGCUCUCAGGAACAGGACUUGUAGAGCCUCCAGACAGAGUCUAGAUGGUGUAUUCAUGACUACACAGCUGAUGACUCCACCACCUGAAGAACAACUUGCAAGUUGAGGCUUUGAGAACUUUUGCUAUAAUGUAAAGAAAUUAAACGGAUUCUGAAUAAUA